AUUUAAUUUAGAUUAAUCAGGAUGUUCACUAUCGCGCUGUGCCUAAUGAUACAGGAGAUAACGACGAUCUGUUUAAUUUCGUCUGUCUCUUUCGCAAUCGAUUUCUGGUUCAUGCUGGAUUCGCCGUAUUACUUGGCCAUGCGGGGUCAAUUGAACAAACCGAUGGCAAUGUUGAAGAAGCUGCGCGGUAAGACGGAUGUCUCGGAGGAAUUAAAGAUAAUUGUCUGCCGGCUCAACUGCAAAUGGUAUCCGAUUAUACAGGCAAUGUUAUAUUCACAAUUGAUGCAAUUGAUUUCUGGCAUAUUGUUUAUUUUCUUGGUCAAAAAAUUCGACCGCAAGCAAUUGAUACUCUCCUCCGACUCGAUCGUCGCGAUCUCACAUCUCGUGAUUGACGUUUUCUUCUAUGUGAAGAAAUAUCUGAACGUGUCCGCGUAUUCGACAGCACUGUUAGUCGCAGCGAUAUUGAUGGUGUUUGCAUUCAAUUGCGGUCUGUUUUCUAUACUAUUUGUCAUAAUGUUCGAGCUAUUCACCACUGAAAUUAAAUUCCUCGCCAUUUGUCUUACUUCCACCAUUAACGACUACAUAUUUAUGAUAACGAUCGAAGCUUACAUUAUGAUAGACGUCACUUGAGGCUACGGUCAUUCAACACUUUACCUGGCAUUCUUCUUGAUAACGAUAUCUUGCAUUGUUGUGAAUUUUCGUCUCCUGCUGGAAAGGGACAAAGAAAAGGAAAAAUUCUUGUAGAGAUACAAAAAGCACUGAACGAUUGAGGUGGGUGAGGACUGAAGAAUUGGAGCUUCCGGUUCGUACGUAUUCCAGUAGGAGCAUCUUCUAUUGAACCAAGGAAGGCAUAUUGCCUCUCGUAAAUCGCGCAUUUUAAACGAAGAUAAUUCGACGCUGUGUUCGAAAAUCACCGAAAAUCUUUGUUGGACCUCGAAGCUGAAUCUUUUUGACGAAGGAAGGAUCGACGGCAAGGAGGAAAUUGAAAAUCACAUCCGGAAGCGGGAAGUUGACGGAGAUAGACCUUUCAGGAUGCACAAGAGGGAAUCUCGAAUUUUUGAGUAACCGUCGUCGAAAUUGUGCGCGAUGUUGAUGCACGUCGCGAUAAAGGAAACGUUUACAUGAUGUUACAUCG